CUACCAAGUUUACCAACAAGCACUUUCCUUUCCUCUUUUUUUAUUAAAGAUUUUUCUAUUGAUUUCAAUACAUCUGGCAGCAGCAUAGAAUGAAAUUAUUGGGUCUUUCUUGUAUGAGCCAUAUAUUACAUUUCAUGUAGACACAAGGAAACCAAGCGAAAAGCAGGUAGCUCAACGUAUCGAGUCAGUAUAGGAUGAAUUCGUCACAAUAGAAGAAAAAAGCAAAGUCCCAUGCUAUGAUUCAAAAUGAACCGAUUUCGCCGUAUCCUUUAAAAAAUUUUCGUCGCAUGGAAACUGAACGAGAAAUUGUCUUCAGCAUCUAUCGUUUAUUUUACCAAUUUUAAUUUAAAUGAAAUAAGAUUGAAUAACAGGAGAAUUCACUCUGACUCAGUUCAACUUUCUGGGUUAUGUUGUACAUUUGUGGCUCUCACCUUUCCUUCACCCAUACCUCUAAUAUUUUCUGUAAUGGCCGACCAACUGAAGUCCUUACCUCGCACGGCUCGUCAGUUAUAUGAUUUUUGUUCUAAAAAGAUUCCUGAUGCAUUGUCACAACAAGAACUCAUCGAUGGAAUUGGAAGUUCUAUCUCUGUGAGCAAUUUGAGCAGUGCUCUCAAUUUGCUGCUCGGUAGGCGGCUUUUAGAAGCCCUUCAGCAAGGGAAUACCUUAGUUUAUCGCGCUGUUCCUUUAGAAGAGGCAAAAACUGUUUCUACUAUGGAAGGAGAUGAACAAAUAGUUUACGACUUUAUCAAGAAUGCUGGCAAUGAAGGUAUAUGGACAAAGACUCUAACCUUGCGGACCAACUUGCACGUUCACGUGGUCAAUCGGUGCCUUAAAUCACUCGAAUCUAAAAAUCUGGUAAAGCCAAUAAAGAGUGUGAAAAAUCCUACCCGUAAAAUUUACAUGUUAUAUGACCUGGUUCCCAGUAGUGAGCUUACAGGUGGUCCUUGGUUUACCGACCAAGAACUCGAUGUAGAAUUCAUUGAGAAUCUAAAAAAGGUCGUAUACAGGUUUAUCCACUCAAAAAGCUUCCCACCAAAGAAAAACGCUACUGGCCCUGAUAUGAUAUGGUCCCCUGAGUACAAUGGGUAUCCUACAGCUUUACAAAUACAUACAUGGCUUCGCAACACAAAUAUUACUGAAGUAGAUCUUUCUCUUGGAAAUGUUAUUUCCUUAGUUGAUGUUUUAAUAUAUGAUGGCAAGGUUGAGAAAAGAUCUGAUGGUGUGUCCUACCGUUCUGUCCGGCCUUCUCCAGAUACCACAAAUGCUUUCACCGAAGUACCUUGCGGCGCUUGCCCCGUGGCAGAUAUUUGCGCUGUUGGAAGUCGGGUAUCACCGGUCACUUGCGAAUAUCUCGACAAAUGGUUGAACUAAUGUUUAUCUUUGUCUCUACUCUUGAAAUUAAUAUUGUAUGAUAUUCAAAAGGUUUAAAAUUCAUUUCUAAUGUUUGGGUUUUUGGAUUGGUUCUGGGUUUUGGCGGUGCUCAUGGGUCAAAAAUAUUAGCUGGAAAACAGCUUAAUAAAAAUAUAAACGAAACAAGUUUAAUAGUACGAUCGUUUCGAUCCGAUUUAUCCUUUAUUUUGCUUAUAUUAACGGUUUUUCUAUUAAUAAGUCCAUACUUUUUUCCAUAUCUGUUGUUUUUACCUAUGUUUUUUCGAAAAUGGAAUAAUAGUAUUUAAUAACCAAGUUACCCGUUAAUAAUUUUAUUUAAUCCUC